GCUUUUAUUGUGAAGGAGUCAGGUCGGAAGUGUUAUGGUCGCUGGUGUCGGAACAGAAACAGAAGAACUCUGGACUGAACGCUCCCCGGUACCGCGUCCCAAAUAAAGCCAAUGACAACAGUUGCAGUCCUUGGAGGGGGGAUCGGGGGCCUGGCAGCGUCUUACUACCUCUGUAAGAGCCCCCAGGUUACCAAGGUCCUUGUCUUGGAGUCCAGCAGUCGGUUUGGGGGCUGGCUCCGGUCCACCAGGAGGUCUGAUGGGGCCGUGUUUGAACAUGGAGCCAGAGGGAUCCGACCCUUGGGGGCAGUGGGACGCAACACGCUCAAUAUGGUGGAGGACCUGGGUCUUGGCGGGGACAUUCUUCCCGUCCCCUACAGCCAUGUGGCGUCCAAGAACAGAUACGUGUACAUGAACAGACGUCUCCACAGGAUGCCGUCAGGACUGAGUGGACUUUUGCGGACUGUCCCCCCCUUCUCUCGCCCCCUGCUGCUGAGUGUUGCCAUGGAGAUGCUAGUGAAGAGAGGCGUGGAGGAGGACGAGUCUGUCCAUUCGUUUGUCUCCAGGCGACUGGGGAAGGAGCUGGCGGACAUAGCUGUGGACAGUCUGUGCCGCGGCGUGUUCGCCGGCGACUGCAGGAAGCUGAGCGUGCGUUCUUGUUUUCCUGUGUUGUACAACGCGGAGCAGCGGGGGGGCUCCGUGACGCUGGGCAUGCUGCUGGGAUCAGGCCCUACUCCUGCCGUCCCCCCCGGCCCUCUGGCUCAGAGGUCCGUUACAGAGUCGUGGGCCCAGUGGUCCCUGAGCAGGGGACUGGAGUCUUUCCCAGAAUGCAUCGCUGAGUUCCUGCAGCGGAGCGGCAGAGCGGAGCUCCACAGGGAGGCGGCUAUUCAGCACAUCAGCCCGUCCGCCUCCGGCUGGACGAUCAAUCUGGAGGAUGGAGUUGUAUCAGCUGACCACAUCAUCUCUGCACUGCCUGCUAAAGCCCUGGCCUCAAUCCUGCCCCCCUCCUGUCAUCCUCUCAUCCAGCUACUACAGGACAUCUCCACGGUAACAGUCGCUGUGGUGAAUCUGGAGUAUGAGGGCUCCAUCCUGCCUGUGUCGGGCUUCGGCCACCUGCUGCCGUCAUCAGAGGACCAGGCUGUACUCGGGGUGGUCUACGACUCCGUUCCCUUCCCCCAGCACGACAGAAGUACCGGAAAGACUACCAGACUGACGGUGAUGAUGGGCGGGGCCUGGUUCCACGAGGUCUUUGGGCCCCCAGACACAGUAACAGAAGAGUGUCUUUUAGCGAGAGCCACUGAGGCUGUGCACUGCCACCUGGGAGUCUCCACAGCACCCAGCUGGAGCCGGGUCACCCUCCAGAGGGACUGUAUACCUCAGUAUUAUCCAGGACACUUUCGGAAAGUAGAGUCAAUGCGUCGCUUCAUAGAGGAGAAUAAUCUGUCUCUGUCUCUGAUCGGCUCCUCCUACGACGGGGUGUCAGUCAACGAUGUCAUCUUUAAUGGACGGACAGCUGUGGAGCAGCUGUUGGGAACUGGAGUUUGAUGGAGCACGACAGCACCGAGGGCUCUCCAGGCACCGGGGUCUUUGACAUGAAACAAAGUUUAGUUUCUAAAGAAAGAAGACCCGUGUCCUAUAG